AUGACCUCCUCUCCUCUUGCACGGAAAAAGCCUCCUCCACGUGGUCAUGCACAAGCUCCUUCUCCCUUCUUCUUCAACAAGCAACAAGAAGACAACAACAAGACUCCACAAGCUGCUGCUUCCUCUACUACAUCACCAUUACUCUCCAUGACUGGUUCUCUUAAAAAUCAUCCUCAUCCUUCAUCAUCUUUCACAACUCCUUAUUACCAACAACAACAACAAUUUUCUCAACAAGAACACUAUGAUUAUUCAAAUAUAUUUCUUAAUCAUCAACAACAUGUCAUCAUUCCACUCUCCACUCCAUCCUUCUCAUUAUCAACAACACCAUCAUCCAUCAUGAUGAUUGAAUCUACUCCAAUUUCUCCAUCUCGUUCUAGAUUAUCAUCAAAAUUAGGAGGUGAAUUAACUGUUGGUGAAAUUGAAGGUGAAAUGAUUCAUAUUUCAUCACCACAAGAUCAAUUAAUAUCUUAUUAUUGUAAUCGAGGAGGAGUUAUUUAUCCAAAUAUUAUCAUUCCACAUGUAUUGCAUGAUGAAGAAGAGCAAAGUGAUCCUACUACUAGUACUACUCCUCCUACUACUGAACAAUAUGAAAAAUUCUCUCAACCAUGGAAUGGAAAGGAAGAAUCGGAAUUCAAUUCUUCUUCUUCUCCUUUUACUUCUCUUCAUCAUUUAAUGAAUCACACCACUACUCUCAUUUAUGAAUAUUUACAACAUUUCACUCGAUACUUUCCAUAUAUGCAAUCUAUGGUUUCCAUGAAAGUACCUUCAUGUAUGAUGAUGAUGGAUUCAAACAUUUCUUUGAGAGGAGUGAAAUGUAUGGAUUGGCAUCCAUUUCUAAUGAGAAUGGCCAUUCUCUUACAUGAUGAUCAUAUUUAUUUUUAUAAUGUAUGGAAUGAAGAAUGGAGUGCACAAGUAUUGAGACAUGAAUUUCAAUUCAAUGUUUCAAUGAUUAAAUAUAAACCUAACAGAUCAAAUGAAAGUGUAUUAGCAGUGGCGUGUGAAAAUGGUAUUUUAAUAUGGGAUGUCAAUGGAAGAUUAAUGACCAGUGGUGGUCAGAGUAUUGGUGGCAGUAUGACCAGUGGUGGACAGAAUCUACACUACAAUGAUUCCAAUGGUUAUACAAAAAAGGAUGUGAGUCGAAAUGGUAUUUGUAUCUUUUUACCAUCCUCUUCAAAAGUGAAUUGCAUUUCAUGGGGUGUGGAUGAAUCAAAAACUCUUCUCGCUUCAAGUAGUCUCUUUGAUCAUCGAGUAUUUAUUUAUUCACAUGAAAGGAAUGGAUUGGAUUGGAAACUUUUUAAAGUAUUGACAAAAUUCAAUGGUGGUGUUCGAAUGGUAGAAUUCUCACCUGAUUCCAAAUAUUUAUUUGUUUCUCAUAUUACCAAUGUAUUUCGAGUGUAUGAAACUAGAAAUUUUGAUUUUUGUGAAAAGUGGUCAUGUUUUGAUCGUCCUGUAAAAUCAAUGGCAUGGCAUGGAUCUGAAUAUUUAUUUAUUGUUACUGAAGAUUCAGAUUGUAUUCAUGUAUUGAGAGAUGAAACAAGUUAUUUAAUGAGUGGAAGUGGUGGUGGUGGUAAUUCUACUACUACUACUAAUAGUACGACGACGAGUGGUGGUGGUGGAAGUGUGGAUGGAAGUGUUGGUAUGACAAGUGGUGGUGGUGGUGGUGGUGGUGAUGAAUUUCAUUUUGAAUAUCAAUGUAAAAUUCCACUCUCUCUCUAUUCUCCAUACAAGACUCAUCAAGUGAAGUGUUGUGGUAAAAUUAGACAAAUACAAGUACAUGGUGAGAGAUUAAUUGUAUCUUUUGAACAAUCACCUCUAUUGGCAGUCAUUCAAAUGGAUUGUUCCUCACGAAAACAUUUUAUUUGUAGACCUAUGGGAUAUAUUCGAGGACCAACACCAAAAUUAUUAAGUGAUACCAAAAAGAGGAAACCAAACAUCAUGACCACUACUACUCAUGGUAGGACAUUGUCUGAACGAGUUAAUCAUAAUGUUCAACAACCAGUAUAUAAUGAACAACAAGAUGAUAUUCCCACCAUCAUGCAUGAUGAUGAAAAUUCAAAUACAUCCUCCUCGGAUAUAUUUACACAAGCCAUCGAAGAAUCCACCUCUAAUGGAUAUCAUUUACAAUUUUGGAAUAACUUUGAAAAGGGAAGUUUAUUGUCUGUAUGUUGGAAAGGUAUUGAUAAGGACAAGAUUUCAAUCUAUCCAUUCUAUUAUCAUGUUACACCACCUCAAUGGAAUGCCUUAUACGAUGAGAACAAUCCAUUCUAUAGGAGUCGAUUGCAUAAGAAUAUUGAAAGACAGCAACAACUCUCAGAGGAGGAGGAGGACGAUGAUGAACCCAUCGUGUCGACACGGUCACAUGGUACUCCUUUUAAUAUUUUUGAUGACUAA